AUGGCCGACAGACCCCACCAGCGCGGCGGCCGCGGAGGCGGAGGAGGAGAGCGUGGCCACCGGGGAGGAGGCCGUGGCGGGCGCGGAGGACGCGGCGGAGGCCAUCACCACGGGGACAAGGACGGUCAUCACUCUCACUCCCACGACAACAAGCAGGGCGAGCGCCCCAAGAAGGAAAACAUCCUCGACCUCGGCAAGUACAUGGACAAGCGCAUCACAGUCAAGUUUAAUGGCGGCCGCGAAUGCACCGGUACCCUCAAGGGCUACGAUGCGCUCAUGAAUCUGGUCCUGGACGAGGUGCAGGAGGUUGUCAGAGACGACGAGGGUAACGAGAGCACGAGACCGCUGGGACUUGUCGUCGCACGAGGAACGCUGCUUGUCGUCAUCAGCCCAGUGGACGGCAGCGAGGAGAUCCAGAACCCCUUCGCCGAAGUGUCUGAGGAUUAA